GGGAGGAGGGAGGAGAGCAGCUCUGUUCCAGCUCUCCGGUUGUGUUCAUGGGAGGAGGAAGCAGCAAGUUGACAGCUGAAGCUUACCUCAGCGAAUAGUGCAGCAGAUAUCAGCCAGGAGGCCACCUCCUCCUCCUCCUCCUCCUCCUGCUGCUGCUCCUCUUCCUCCUCCUCUGCGCUCUCUCCCUGCCGGAGGAAUAAACCACCUGCUCAGCCGUUCACCUCCUCUUCCUCUCCACUCACUUCUUCACUGUCCACUUCCACCUCCCCCUAUUGUUGCCGUGCGUCCGGAUUGGGAUGCGGACACAGCAGGGCUCGGAGGGGGGCGUGCCACUACCCGGGGGGAGCUGUGGCAGCAGCGGCAGCUCGGGGCUAUCGCCGGGCUCUGACUCAGACGGAGGGAGCCCGACAGGCGGAGGGGUGGACAGCAUGGUGGAUGGAGGUCUCGGGGUGGGUGGAUGUAUGGGUGGAGGCGGAGGAGGAGGCAGCUUAGGCGGCACUUUGAGGGGGGUCCUGUCUCGCUAUUGGAGCUUGGAGAGUCUGCACUCCACCACAGCCGUGGUUAUUCCUGACGGGGCGUCAGAGAAGGCGGGGCUUGGAGACGAGCUGGGAAGUGAAGAGGAUCUGCUGUAUGAAGAGUUUCGCAGCUCUGGACAUCGGUUUGGACACCCAGGAGGAGGGGGGGGGGAGCAGCUAGCCAUCAAUGAGCUGAUCAGUGAUGGGAGCGUGGUGUACGCCGAGGCGCUCUGGGACCAUGUCACCAUGGACGACCAGGAGCUCGGCUUCAAGGCCGGUGAUGUCAUCGAAGUAGUGGACGCCACAAACAAGGAGUGGUGGUGGGGUCGCAUCAUGGACAGCGAGGGCUGGUUUCCUGCCAGCUUCGUGCGGUUGCGUGUGAACCAGGACGAGCCGAUGGAGGAGUACCUGGCCCACCUGGAGGAGGCGCAGUCUGGGGAGGAGGACAAGGCGACUCUGGGCCUGUUACUGGGACCCGGUUUACCCUGUAAAGAGCAGAUGAGGACCAACGUCAUCAAUGAGAUCAUGAGCACAGAGAGAGACUACAUCAAGCACCUGAAGGACAUCUGUGAGGGCUACAUCAAACAGUGCCGUAAGAGGACGGACAUGUUCACUGAGGAGCAGCUUCGCACCAUCUUCGGAAACAUUGAGGAGAUCUACCGGUUCCAGAGGAAGUUCCUGAAGGGACUGGAGAAGAAGUUCAACAAGGAGCAGCCGCACCUAAGUGAGAUCGGCUGCUGUUUCCUCGAACAUCAAACAGAUUUCCAGAUAUACUCAGAGUACUGCAACAACCACCCCAACGCCUGCGUGCAGCUCUCCAAGCUGAUGAAGGUCAACAAGUACGUGUUCUUCUUCGAGGCGUGCCGACUGCUUCAGAAGAUGAUCGACAUAUCCCUGGACGGCUUCCUGCUCACCCCGGUCCAGAAGAUCUGCAAGUACCCGCUGCAGCUGGCGGAGCUGCUCAAGUACACCAACCCUCAGCACAGAGACUACAAAGAUGUGGAGGCGGCGCUGAACGCCAUGAAGAACGUGGCGAGGCUGAUCAACGAGAGGAAGCGGCGCCUGGAGAAUAUCGACAAGAUCGCCCAGUGGCAGAGCUCUAUCGAGGACUGGGAGGGUGAAGACGUCCUCAGCAGGAGCUCUGAUCUCAUCUUUUCAGGGGAGUUGACCAAACUGUCUCAGCCUCAGGCCAAAAGUCAACAGAGAAUGUUUUUCCUCUUCGACCAUCAGAUGGUUUACUGCAAAAAGGACCUGCUGCGCCGGGACAUGCUGUACUACAAGGGUCGGGUGGACAUGGACCACAUGGAGGUGAUGGACGUGGAGGACGGGAAGGAGAAGGACUUCAACAUCAGCGUGAAGAACGCCCUGAAGCUGCGGUCGCUGGCCGGAGACGAGGUCCACCUCCUGUGUGCCAAGAAGCCGGAGCAGAAGCAGCGCUGGCUCCGAGCCUUCGCUGACGAGAGGAGGCAGGUCCAGCACGACCGCGAGACAGGCUUCUCUCUCACAGAGGUCCAGAAGAAACAGGCCAUGCUGAAUGCCUGCAAAAGCCAUCCAGCUGGGAAACCUAAAGCAGUGACCAGACCUUACUACGACUUCCUGCUGCGACAGAAGCACCCCUCCCUGCCCACUGCUUUGCCCCAGCAGCAGGUCUUCAUGCUGGCUGAGCCCAAGCGCAAAACCUCCACCUUCUGGCACAACAUCGGCAGACUGACUCCCUUCAAGAAGUGAGCACCAGGGAGGUGAAGAGAGGAGCUGUGGAGGAGGAGGAGGAGGAGCUCUCUGCUCGUGCCUGAACAGACCCUUUUUAAUCCUUCCUCUCUUUCCUUUCAUACUUGUAACUUUGCCCUAAUUGAUAUACUGAUUUAUUGUAUAGCUGAGGAUGACGAUGAUGAGGAGGAGAUUAUUUUUUGAAAGCACUUUAUAGGUUGGUUAACAAUCAAACUUGAGAAUGGUCUCCUGGAGACACUGAGUCAAACAGGGGGAUUGGACUCUUGCUUAACAUACUACUACUAUACCUUCAAUCAAGCCGACUGGUACUAAUAUAACUACUGUCCUGCUGUGAGGGGGCGGGGCUCCUGCUGUGCUGCCUCUGUGAAGACGUUGCUGCCUGUCGACAAAACUCUGUCGUUCAUUUCCACUGUUCUUUCUUUCUGAUUUGACAGAUGCCAACUGUUCACAGUGCCAGAUGAUUUGUUUUGUAUUUGUUUGUUCUUUGUCUGCUUCUGAAAAAAGGGAAAACUGAGGGGGGGGGGGUAAAGUUUCUUGUGCUUCUCUCUGUGCAAAUAUAUGAUUUAAGGUCAUUUCAGCUGGUUUUAAGUGUUUUGUGAUCUCCAUCCACCAGAGCUGAUUUCUGUGUUUCUCUGCUGAUUUGUGAUAUUUGUGCAAACACCUGAUAAGAGACAUGAAUGCAGCCCAAAGAAGACGCAGCUCAUCAGAGAGAAGGAGCUCGUUUCUACAGCAGCAGCGAACACAACACUCUCCUCCGCUCCUCCUCCUACCUGAUGAAAGUAAAACUACCCCGUCUUAUUCUUUCUUUUUCAUUCUUUUUUUUAAGUGCCAUUUGAAGUGUGCCAUGGAUGACUUCCAGUGACAUGCAUGGAUAUGAUGAAAAAAUACUGUGAAGAAUAUUUUUUUUAUCUCUGAAGAACCCAUCUAUAUUUAACCAGAUACAGGAACCGAAGUUUCAUUGUGCUACCAGGCUGACAGCGUCUCUCACACACACACACACACACACACACACACACACACACACACACACACACACAGAUGUUCUUUUAUCUACCUGUACUCCUGCUCUGUGUCUCUGGUCUCGGUAUCGUCUCCGAUGGAUGCGGGCGGGUGAUGUUGCUCUGUCGGUGCAUUCAGUGAAAUGUACUCGUUCACCUUUAUGUUCAAAUGUUUUAGCUUCUGACCAUAUGGAAUAUUAAACAUUCCUACGCUGACAAAUGUGGCCGUCAGAUGGGCUGAUUAUUUAUUGCGCAUUUCUUUAAUUAAAUAAUAAUAAUUAUAAUAAUAAUGGUCUUCACUGGGGGGCACACAUGAUGUGACUCCUUCUCACUGUCACUGAAUCACCUCGGGCUGUGGACGCUGUUUCUCACGGUCACAUUUUAUAAUCAUCACGAGGAAUCUGCAGCUUCAUGUUUUCUGUUUGUGACAGAACAUCUUUAGCAGCCGCCAUUGUUGUUAAAGAACAGUCGCUGCCCGCUGUCGUCUCGCCUAAGACACGCCCAGCUGCCAGUAGCUCCUCCCUCUUAGGGCACUGAUUGGUCCUGGAGAGAUGGAUUCUCCAGCUGCGUCGCUUCGUUUGCUCAUAAACCACAAAACCUGUUAUUUACAUAUUUCCUGACAUUUUCAAAAGCAUGCAGCUCAAGUUCUUUCCAGACAUAUUCUCCAUUGUUUUCUAUGGGCUCUGGGUCUGCAUCCAUCCACAGUUCAUCCACUUCAAGCACAAAGUAAUUUGAUAAUAGUCACUGCAUUACGUCAAACUCCUGACAGAUGACUUUAUCCC